AUGGCGUGCAGUUUUGAGGUGGUAGACAGAGCUCACUGUAAGCUCCUCCUGCAUGAGCUGAACGAGCAGAGGAUGCGGGGCAGCUUCUGUGAUGUGACCAUCGUGGUGCAGGACAGCAAGUUCAAGGCCCACAAGAACAUCCUGGCCGCCUUCAGCUGCUACUUCCGGGAACGCUUGACGGGUCCCAGCCUCUGGGCGAUGGAGUCCGUUUUCGAGCUGCGGGAAAUGAGAGCCGAAGUCUUCGCCAAGAUCCUCAACUUCAUCUACAGCUCCCAGGUGGUCAUCGAGAGGCUGGACGAGGCUGACGCCCUGGCGAGCGCAGGUCACCGGCUGGGCAUCCACUUCCUGAAGGACCUCCUGCAGCGUCUGUCCCAGCCCACACCGGACUCCUCCUCUUCCUCGCUCUCGCCGCCCUCUUCCGCCCCCCUCCCUCGGUGGCAGACCGUGAGGAAGCACCGAGGCAACGCCGGUGCCUACCAGGAGGGCGACAGCGCCCUGGGACUAGGCCCGAGGGAGCCUUUCCUAGGCCCUGAGGCCUUGCCUGGGCCUGCCUUCCCCAUCGAUCUGACAGACUCUUCCAUCCGACUGGGUGGAGACGGCGACAGGAUCCCUCCCGCUCCCUCCUUCCCUCCCCAGGCUCCCUCGGGGCAGAGCGGGGAGGCCGCCAACGGUGAGGGAGAGGACAACUCCUCGGCCUCUCGGGACGGCCUGUUCCCAGCUGACGGCACCGCCCGGAGGCUCCUGACCCUCAACACUGUCGCCAUCAGAGGCCUAGGCUUCAACGUGGAGCAGGAAGCCUCGCGCCAACUCGCUGCUGACUCACCCAGGCCCCUCCAGCCGGAAGGCCCCAACGCCGCCAUCACUCCGACCCCCUCAUCCUCCACCUCCUCCUCCUCCGCGCCCCUCAGCGACACCGAGCCCCGAGUCACUGGGGGCGCGGAGCUGAGCUGCCAACACUGCCUCAGGCCCUUCGUCCACCUCAAGAGGCUGCAGAGCCACCAGAUGGUGUGCCGGCAAGGAGGGGGCAGGCCGGGAACGGGGCGGGAGGCCGGGAGCGCCCCUCAGGCCCAGGGGGCUGGCAGGAAGAGCCGUCGGAGGGACGCGGCCCUGGGCAGCGAGGCGGAGGACCACAUGGUGAAGGUGGUGGACGGCCACGUCCUGUACUUCUGCGCGGUGUGCGAACGCUCCUAUGUCACUCUGUCCAGCCUCAAGCGUCACGCCAACGUCCAUUCGUGGCGCCGCAAGUACCCGUGCCAUUUCUGCGACAAGGUCUUCGCCCUGGCCGAGUACCGCACCAAACACGAGGUGUGGCACACCGGCGAGAGAAGGUACCAGUGCAUCUUCUGCUGGGAGGCCUUCGUCACCUACUACAACCUCAAGACCCACCAGAAAUCCUUCCAUGGCGUUGACCCAGGCCUGACCAUCAGCCAGAAGACAGCCAAUGGCGGUUACAAGCCCAAACUCAACGCCUUCAAGCUCUACCGCCUCCUGCCCAUGAGAAACCACAAGAGGCCGUACAAGACCUACAGCCGCACCACCCCCUCGGACUCUGCCCCCCAGACGGUCCCCAUGGAGACGCCCCAUCCCACCGUCGCCGUGGAGACCUCCCAUCCCACCAUCCCCAUGGAGGCCUCCCAUCCCACCGUCGCCGUGGAGGCCUCCCAUCCCACCGUCACCGUGGAGACCCCCCAUCCCACCGUUCCCGUGGAGACCUCCCAUCCCACCGUCGCCGUGGAGACCUCCCAUCCCACCGCCGCUUCCACCGUCAUCGCCUACAACGGCAAGUGCCCCCCGGAGAGGGGCGUGGCCAGCCCCGCCCCACCCCCAACCCCACCCCCUGGGCACCGAGAGCCCAGCGCCGUCACCAGGGAGACGCCGGCGAGGGGCUGGAACGCGCCGUGCCACCGGGAAGCGUUGCCCUCCUCCAGCACCCACCAGGGUCAGAAGGAGCCGCGGGGGGCGAAGGCCAAGCGGCCUCCGGGGGGCGCCACCGAGGGGAGGACCAUGACCUACGUGGCCAAGCCGGCAUGCCCGGGCGCCGCCAGCGAGAGCCGAUCGGCGCCGCUCUGCCGGAUCACGGUCCGCAUCGGGGAGGAGGCUCUGGUCAAGCGGCGAAUCGCAGAGUCCGACCUGAUCCGGGACGAGGGGGGCCAAAGGGCGCCCCCUGGGGGCAAAAGGGGGCAGAGCUGCGAGGAGGCCUCGGAGGGAGAGCACCAGCCCCGGGCGAGGCGGAGGAAGAGGAGGAGGAGGAGGAGGCGGAGGAGGAGCGAUGGUUACUCCCUCGGCCAGGACUCUGAGGAGGAAGACAGCGACCUGGAGGACAACCUCUGGAGGCCCUACUACUCCUACAAGCCCAAACAGCGGGUGGCUGGGUCCUUCCACAGGUCACGCAGGGCCGGGUGGCACCGGAGGCUACGUUACCGACACCCUCCCGCCCCACCCCCUCGCCCCUCCUCACCCCCCCCACCCGGGGGGCUCCCUGCCCCACGCCCUCCUCAGGGCUCGGAGGACCACCACCGGGAACUGGGAACACCCCAAUCCAGUGCUGGGGAUCGUCGGCCUGUGCCCAGGCUCCCGCGGGAUGGAGGGGAGAGACCCCUGAGCGAGGGGGUGCGGACCCCGCGUUCCAAGGGCCAGGGCCAGGAGCCCGCUCCUCGUGGAAACAGCAGGAGGACGCUCCCGAGCAACUGCUUCCCGAAGACACCCUCUUCUGCCCCUGGGAGGCGACCCGCAGAGGAGGAGGAGGAUGCGGAGGAGGGGCAGGAGGGGGAGGAGGGGCAAGCAGUGACGAGGCCGGACCCCGGAGCGAGACUGUUGGCAUUCGGCGGAGAUCUGGAUGCCGCCAUUGGCUGCCUCUCGCCUACGGAAGUGACGGUAGCACACUCUGCACAAGGGGAAGGGAACCGAGCAGCGCAACCGCAAGGGGGAGCCGCCGAGCGGGAGCCCUCCCGGGUCCCGGGGACGGGCGGCGAGAGCGACGCGUCGCAGGGGGGCACCACCGCCGGCCUGACGCGGCGGGCCCUUAUGCCGCAAGUCGGCGAGACCGGGGCGGCAGAGACUCCGGACCCCGGGGGGGCCUACGUCGGCACCCAGCCCCGAGAGGAUGGGGACGGCUCCCCGGGCACCAGCGGGCAUGGAGCGGAUACCUCGCUGCCGCAGGAAGCGAGCCACGAUUUCCACACCCUGGAGCCUGAGGAGUGCAGACGAGCCGGCACCGGCCUGGAGUACCCAGUCCAGGAAUACCCCAUGCCCCUGCUGACCAAUGGGAACUGCUGCUCACAUGGCAAGACCCCAGGCCCAGAGCGGGUGAAGCCAGGCGAUGGGGGACUGAGCAAGGUGGCGUUCUACCAGGACCCCUACCCACUGAUGUACGGCCACCAGCUGCUCACUGGCGCCUACCCCUACCCUUUUGCCCACGUCUCGCCCCUCCCUCUUGCCCUCAACAUGGUCAUCAGGGACGAGAAGGCCCAGCAUUUGCCCCUCCUCCAGAGGAUGUUCGUCUACCCCACCCCCUGUCUUGGCGACGCUACCCCCCUGGGCGCUGCGGAGAGCGGGGGCCGCGAUGAGGCAGGGGGACGGGAGCUGGUCGCUGGGCAGAAGGGCUCCUCCUUGUACUGAGGCAAACCCCCCGCCCCCGCCCCCGCCCCAACCAACACCCCUUCCAAUCCCAACCCCCUUCC